AUGCGAAGAAGCUUGUCAAAAUUCAAUGAUGCGCCCCAGAAGCUACGCUCCAAGUCGCUACACAAGAUUCACUUCCAAGCCGAGCCGAUAAUGACGCACGGAUCAACGCGUGCUUUGCACGACUGCAUUUGUACCGAGGCACAGCAACGCCAGACCUGGCAGCUCGGCUCGGGACCCCGCGUUGGCUUUAGGGAGGUUAUCGCCUUAAUGGGUUAUCUCAACGGCUUUCCCCAGAUUUUCUGGGAGCCUGGAACAGCUCCUGCGGAGAUUGGGGUACUUCUCCCAAACAACAUCUUUGAAAUGUCUGGCGAACAGAGUCCCCACAUCGACAUCCUCGACGAUGGAGAGGCACAGAUAAUAGCAACACUCACCCCCCGGGAUCCCACCGCGGACCAAGACAACCCCUUUGCCAAUGACUGGACGACCGACCUCCUUCCCCACAUAACCUACCUCUCCUCCUCCCUCCACCCAACACCAACCUCCACCUUCCUCUACACCGUCCAACCCAGCCACUGUAACGGCCUCCGCAACCUCCACGGCGGCUGCACCGCCUCCCUUUUUGACCUCCUCACUACCAUGCCAAUCCACCUCGUUAAGAACCCGCCCACCUGGCGCAUCCCGGGCGUCUCCCGCACCCUCAACGUCACCUACCUCCGCCCCGUGCCGUCCGGCACCACGGUCAGGAUCGUCUGCGAGGUCGUCCACGUCGGGAGGAGGAUGGCUACUGUUAAGGGGACGAUGAUGAGGGAGAGCGAUGGGGCUGUUUUGGCGAUUUGUGAGCAUGGGAAGGCGAGUAUUGAUCCGGGGGCGAGCAGCAAGGCGUAG